AUGGGUAAACAUAAAUUAUCAAAAUCUCAAAAAACACCUAUUCAUAUAGAACCUUCGUGGGUUGAUUUUAUUGAUGAUUAUAUUUCCAAUAAUUCAAAAGAGUUGCAUGAAAGUACAAAGAAAAUCAAAGAACUUGUUUGUGAUCCCAAGGCAACAUGGGAGAAACAGUGCAAGCUUUUAAAAGAUAUUGAAAAAUUUUUACCUUCGAAAAGAAAUAAGAACAAUCAAGAUCUAAUCGUUGAAUCUUUAUCUGACAAUUUUUUGCAUCAGAUAAAUGUCAUCAUCGAGCCAAUAAUUUCAGAAAUUUAUUUUAUGUCGGUUGAUCCAUUAAUAAAACGACAUUGCAUUCCGAUACUGGAAGCUUGUUAUAUAGUUUCUUCAAAAUCGCAAUUUUCUGAUGAUACCUUGAAGGAAUCGGAUGAAGUUGCUACGAGUUUUACCAAGGAAUAUACCAAUUAUAUUUCGAACAAGUAUUACUCGACACAAUCAUUCUUUCAAAAAUCGAUGACAGUAUACCUGACAUUAGACUUUCCAGUCGGGUUCUCUACCGUGAAAAAAAAACUAAUUGAUACGGUCUUUUUUUUGGUGGACUGUCUAACAAAUAUUAUUCAAAAUGUAAAUAUAGAAAAAGAAAAUUCAAAUAAAAUUCCAUUAGGCGGUUCAUCAAUGUCUAUCAAACUUUCACAACACAUGAGUGAUUCUCAGCAUGUCAUGAAAACGAUGGUAGCGUUAUUAUCUAGAUUUCAUACAGAGUUAAGAUCCAAAUUCGAAAACGUUGGAGAGAGAUAUGAUAGUUCCCACGGUAUUUCAUAUGAUUCCAGAGUAGAAGCGAUGGUUUGCAAGCUACUCAGCGGAUGCUUUGUUAUAUGCUCUGACGAAAUUUACGUUAAGGAUGUUAGACAACUUUCUGGAAUGGCAUUAGCCGCAACAUUUAACCUGCUUGGCUCACCUGGAUUCGUGAGCAGGUUGGUAGUAGAUCAAAUUUUUAAGGCUUCACGUUUUCAAGAUCAGAAUUCUCAAUGUAUCUUAGACAGAAUGGGAAUCAAAAUUCCUGUUUCAUUAAUUGAUGAGCAUGGAUGGUCUGGUGACGAACCUUUAAUGCUAGUUGUUAGCCGAGGACUACUAUCGAAUUUGUCGAGGUCAACAUUGAUAUAUCCAAUAUCUUUGGAUUGUGAAUCUGCGGUUGCGGCUUUAAGAUCUCAUUCGAAUAUAAAGUCACUUCAUCAUAUACUGUUCAUUAGUAUUGAACAUUUUUCUGAUAAAGCACUCAGUGUGCAAACAAAAGUGGUGGCAUUCGAAACAAUCGGGAUUUGGCUUGAAGAAACGGAGGGUAUGUUGGGCGAUCCAUGUAACGAUGAUCAAGAAACAAUGGGAAUUAGAUUAAUAUUUAGCUCAGAUGUAUUGGAAAAAUUAAUGUCAUAUGUUUGGAAUAAUUGGGAUGACCCGGUAGAUGCCAUUCAAUAUAAGGUCAAAACGAUAUUUGAAAAAUUGUUGGACGUGUAUUAUCUUAAAUGCCAUAUAGAAAAUUCGACAGAAUUAUAUGAUCAAUUUCAAAUGAGUCUAUUAAAGCGUUUGCUUGUGAUGGAUUCGUAUCGCAAAGUAAAAUAUGCACUAUUGUCAUUAUUGCUUCCCAAGAUUGGAACAAAGAUUAUUCUAGAGAUGCAAACUGAUUUUGUAAGUUCUGUAUUGGAAGUAUUUCAGAAUCUUGUUAUUGCCCCAAGAGCUGCGCAGUUGUUGGUUUUAUUCCUUGAUCAAUACUUCAAUGAAAUUGCGAAAUCAUCCAGCAAGGAUGCAUCUAAUGUUUUACAGCACGAGGACAUUGAAGGGCAAUGGGCAGAAUUGUGGCUUAGUCCAAUUUGCAAAGGUCUUUUAUCAAGUGAUGAAAUUUUGAGAAAAAAUAUAGGAGCCUUCGUUUUAAAGCCUCUGUUCAAAAGUAGGCCGAGUUCAUUUUGGAAAUUAUUAGAAAAAUUACAAGAUCAGAAGAAUUCAGAAGGCUUUAUAAAAGACGAACAAUAUAGAUUAAAUGCCCUGAUAAUGAUAGUUAAGAUCGCAAAAUCUUUAGAUAUAAUAGAUAGUGGCAAGUUCAUCGAAGAUCCCUCAAAUAAUAAAAGAUUCUGCUUACAGUCUCUUCGUGAUGCAAUCUAUCAUCUGGAUCCAAACAUUCGCAUUGAUAUCCUUGGUCUCAUCUGUGAAUCCCAAAAAUCAACAACGGAGAUAACAUCAGUUGAACUUUCACUCCUCAAAUCAUUUUUCAAAAUGAAUCUCAAUUCGACUUCUCCGGAAUUCCGACAAAAACUCUAUG